AGAUGAGUUGCUCAAUCGUUUGGGAAUUCUUCGAUAAACUGUGUUCUGAUGGUCCGAAAUGCCGACUGUGUGGUUUCGUCUCGAAAAAAGGACAAAAAGAAAGGAGAGGAUGGAUACGAAGAUGCUGAAGGAAACAGUGACUCAGAUGAUGAUUUUCUAUUCGGCUAAUAUUGGAAUUUAUAAGUUUUGAUUGUUUUUGUUGAUUUUUAUUCAUUUGUUAUUGUUUUUAUAAAUAACUCGUUAAAA